UUUCUGACAACCAGAAAGAAAAAUCCGAUCCAACCUUGUCAACAGACACUCUGUGUUUUUGGUCCAGAUCAUCAAUUAUACUAUAGAUUUCUAACCUCUAACUAUGGUCUAUGACAAGAAAUUAUGCUCAAAAUGCUCCGACUACUUCAGUUCGGAAAGCUUCUGGCACAUGUCCUAUGGUCGGGGACUGGGCUACCUUUUUCAAAGAUCUUUUCUCAAUCUUAGAGAAAACUCAUCAGAAUGUACGCUAUGUGGUUUUAUUUACGAGGCUUUGCUUCAGGCAUGCAAAAAACGCGGCCCUCGUGAAAGGUGGUCAAUCGAUUCAGACGAUGUCUUGUAUUAUUCUCGUGUUCUUCAUGGCGAGUUUGACACGGAUACUGCCCCACACUCUCAUCAAACCUUUCGCCUUCGAGUCUCGACGGAUUACCAAUAUACUCUUGGAGGUAAUCUUGACAUAUCAGUCAUCAGAGAUUUCCAGAGGCCAGCAAGAGGUGAACAUAUAGAAAUCGACGUUGCAAUGUUAGGAGAGAGAAUGUUUCUACAAGGAAGGAGAAUGGAACAAUGUCCGGACACUGAUCUUGUUAAAAGCUGGCUUCAAUUCUGCUGUGGAGAAGGAGGUUCCAGAUGUGCCAGCGAGCCGAUGAAUUCAUACAAACUCAUCAAUGUUGAUGCCAUGAUGGUUGAACAAAUGAAGACCAAAUCCCGUUAUGCUGCCCUGAGUUAUGUUUGGGGAAAAGACACCACCAAGCACUUUCGACUUACAGAAGAUUUGCGCGCAGUGCUUUCGACUCCAGGAAGCUUGGAUAAAUCAAGACAAGACAUACCUCUUGUCUUCCUGGAUGCUAUCCAAUUAUGCCGAACCUUGGGAAUUGGUUAUUUGUGGAUAGAUGCACUAUGUCACGAUAAAACGAGAACAACUCUAAGCAAGGAGCUACCUACGGCGAUAGCUCAGAUAUAUAGCAAUGCCUUCGUGACCAUUGUGGCGAGUGGCAAGGACGCUCUCAGUGGUUUACCCGGCAUCAGUACCAAACGUGAAGUUCAGCUGACCAGGCAGUUUGGGGAGACAACCAUAGCUGUUGUUCAGCCGCAAAUCGAUAUUGCUAUGGCGGACUCGGACUGGAUGAAGCGGGGUUGGACAUUUGACGAGUAUGUUCGAUCGAAUCAUCUGCUAGUGGUUACCGACGAUCAGUUGUACUUCAAGUGCAAGAAACAGGACAUUAUUCUCUGUGAGGAUAUGUGGUAUGAAUCCCCUGACUACUUAGGAACAACAAUGAGGAAGAUUGAACUUCCAUCUGUGGACGGGCUUUGGGGCUGGAAUGCGUCUGACGAUGAAAAAGGGUUUUUCGCUUAUACCCUGGCGGUUUACGAGUACUUCAGCCGUCAAAUGACUCAACAGAAAGACUUGGCCCUUGGAUUUGAUGGCUGGCGAGAGUUUCGCGAAAAAGAAAUUGGAAAGAAUCUCUUGUACAAUCUACCGGUGUCAGAAUUUGCCCGUGCUCUGUGUUUUGAGCUGCGUGGCUGUGAGCGCCGCAAACCGGGAAAGGAUUGGAGCAAUAAUUUGAUUUAUACGCCGAGUUGGUCAUGGCAGGGAUGGGUUGGAUCUGAGAACGAUAUGAUCGAAUAUAUCAGUGCUUGGUCAUUCGACACACCUUCUAUGCAAUUCUAUCGCUUUCGUAAAGAUGGCAACGCUCAAGAGUGUCAACUUUUUCCUUUUCCAGAACAAAAUGAGCCUACGAAAGAGGACUUGGAAUUCAUGCUUGGAAUGCUCUCCAUGUGGCGAAAGCUUUCACAAACCCAUCCAGAGAAGCUUUCCCGUUAUUGGAAGGCAGAUAUUCAGAGACUGAAGAAAACUCAGAUUUUGACGAUGGCAUAUUCUCAGUCGACUUCAAAACUUUCCCAUCUGCGGGUGAGUGCGAAGAAAUUCUUAGAGAAAUCCACUGUCAAGCACGACCGGCACCACAGAUGUUAUAUGGCUUGCCUCAAAGCUUGGUUGACUGCUUGAUCGCUUUUGAGACCAUUCAAUUUGAGUUAUGCGUCACAAAAGGGGACAAUGAUGAAGGCGGAUACUGCCAUGCACCUUUGCCACCAUCUCAAGAAGGUCGAAAAAAAAAAAAUUUCUUUGGUACUGUGUGUUUUGAUUCACCGAUCAGUCGUGCAGAGGGUUACUUAUUUAAUUUUGUCUACAUCAAUACCUGCUAUGAUAGCAGGCCUGAGGACUUUUUCAUUGUCACAGAAAAAAGCGAGUUUGGACCACUUUUGCAAACUCGUGUUGGAAGCUGCCUAUUUGAUGAGGGCUGCCUGAAGGAGCUUGUAAGCAACGAGCACCUGAACUGGAAAUAUAAGAUGGUCUACUUGAUAUAGGUCAUUAUGUUCCAUAUCACAGCGGGCGAGGGCUUGAGAGCUUCUAGAUAUACUGUUUUAAGGUCAUAAUACAUGGACAAAUUAGCUUGCCCGAGGCAAUGGUACACUUGAUGCGAUC